CUUAUAUAAGUUCCUCUCUCUAUCUCUCCACACUUAAAAUUUAUUUUUUCUUGACUUAUAUUAUAUAUAUUUGUUUUUUCUCGACUUAUUUUAUAUUUCUAUGCCAGACGACAUGAGUAUUUCUGUAAAUGGACAAUCUCAAGUCCCACCUGGAUUUAGAUUCCAUCCAACAGAAGAGGAGCUAUUGCAAUAUUACUUGAAGAAGAAAGUUGCAAAUGAGAAGAUUGAUUUGGAUGUAAUCCAAGAAGUUGAUCUCAAUAAGCUUGAGCCUUGGGAUAUUCAAGAGAAAUGUAAAAUUGGAUCAACUCCACAAAAUGAUUGGUAUUUUUUUAGUCACAAAGACAAAAAGUAUCCCACGGGUACAAGGACAAAUAGGGCAACGGCUGCUGGAUUUUGGAAAGCUACGGGGCGUGACAAAGUCAUAUAUUCUAAUUCUCUAAGGAUUGGUAUGAGGAAGACAUUGGUUUUCUACAAAGGUAGAGCACCUCAUGGACAAAAAUCUGAUUGGAUCAUGCAUGAGUAUAGAUUGGAUGAUCACAUCAAUGAUAUUCACUCUGUUUGUAAUAUUGCGAUGGGAGAGUCGACACAAGAAGAAGGUUGGGUUAUUUGUCGCAUAUUCAUAAAGAAAAAUCACUUCAAAUCUCUAGAAAUAAUUAAUCCUACAUCAAAUCAGUCAAUUUCAAAUACCAGAAUAAGUGAAAGACUUUAUCCUAAUGAUGAAGGGGUCUUAGAACAACUAUUCCAUUACAUGAGAUCAAGCACAUGCAAAGAAGAAAAUCAUGUCAUGGAUAAUUAUGACACAAAUUUCCAUGACAAAUUCAUGCAACUUCCAAGCCUAGAUAGUCCAAAUUCCUCUAGUGGAGAUCACCCAAAGUCUAUAAAUUGUGAAGGGGGAUUGAAUAACUGGAUUGCUGUUGAUCGACUUGUAGCUUCACAUCUUAAUGGUCAAACAAUUAUUAGUGAUUAUAAUCAUGAUUAUGAGCACCAAUACAAUACUAAUAUUGUGGGAAUUGGCAGUACUAAUCAUGAUUAUCAAGAAGAUCAAUGUGAUCUUUGGAGUUUUGCAAGAGUAUCAUCAACUAAUGACUCGUUAUGCCACGUGUCUAAUGGAAUGAUUUGAG